GAUCAUUAGCGACUUGCGCUCAGGCAGGUUUAAACGAGAAUCGGGAAUCCGUAACCAAAAGUCCUCCUCAAGUCUUAGUGCCCUCCACCAAACGUCCUCUAAUGCCUUCUGGAGAUGUUACGGAGGAUUAUGCGGAUUAUACUGAUGAUGAAUUGUCUGCAGACAAUAUAGCGCGGUUUGAGCAAGCGGCUGCAGCUAUGAAAACCAUGUGUUUCACUUCAGCUACUAUGUUGUCGAAUACAAUGGUUCCUGAAGAAGAUCCAGUGGUUACUAAGCAGGGCGCAUUCACCACUGUAGCUGGACGAAUGUAUUGCGAUGAAAUGGCUGCUGGAUCGAUGCAGGCGAAUGAUAUAGUGGUGCAGCCAUCUGAAGAGUGUCUGCAGCAAAACGUCCCUAUUGUGGACAUUUUGAUGUGCUCAACCCAGAAGAAUCCGUACUGGUUUAUUGACAACAUUCCCCUGAUCUCUCCGAUAGUCUAUUUGAAGUUUACUGGCACUGGGCGCCAGCGCUCUGCUAUAACUGUGGACUUUCAUAGAGAACUUUUCAAGAUCACUGUGCUGAAUAAGAAGGAAGUGGACAUACCAUUGAGCGUGCACCAAGCCACUUUGCCCACGGCGCCGUUAUCCAGCCUGGAUGAAUUCAGUUUCAACGACCAAAUUUCGAUGCAUCGCAUCUACGUGUUUCGCAAUCGGGGCUUUACUGUUAUCUUCGAAAAUAUGAGUUCAGCUGACAGUUUCCAGGCGACCUUAACCCGCUUUGCAAAGCCGGACCUGGGUUUAUUCCAGUCGCAGAAAAAAACCGUGACUUUCUCCGAUCCAGUGCUGGAUGUGACCGAGGUGCAUGACUAUGAUAGCUUCUGGUUCCUGAGCGUCCUCCCUACAGAUCAAAUGGUUCGUUCUGGAGGCACCAAGUACUCAUUUUCUGCAUCCUCUACUGGCUGCUUCGCGUGGAACGAGACUGGGAAGAACUGGGACUAUGCUUGCCAUGCUGCAAGUGGUAGAGUGGUUGCAACGACAAUCACUUGCUACUGCGAGUAUGGGGAAGUUUUCACUGCCUACGUGGAGGACAAUGCGGCCAACUUGGAGGAAAAUCUUCUAAUAGACUUCGCGUUGGAGACCAGGUUUUGCUGGGUUCUUUACAUAACGGUGGCAGCCACUUUCUUCGUUUUCCUCCUGCUGUUUUUCUUCGCCUCCUUUGAGCAGCCGGAUCACCUUUUAGACAGAGUUUUCUUCGUGGGCGACGUGCCCAGCUUCUACCAUUGCGCCUAUGUAGUGGCGAUCAAAACUGGAAAGAAGCGCCACUCUGGAACCACGUCCAAUGUGACCAUCAAGCUCAAUGGGACCAACUCGGACAGUUUGGCCCACGUUCUCAACUACCCAGAUCCAGAACUGGUGAUGUUCCAAAAGAAUACGGAAAUUUGGUUCGUGAUGGCCACUGAGAAGUCUUUGGGAGAUCUUGUGGGGAUGGAAAUUUGGUUCGAUUCGAUUGGAAACGAUACCAACUGGUAUUGCUCCAGAAUUGAGGUCUAUGAUAUUCAAGAGGACAAGUCAUGGCGAUUUGAGGUGAACCAGUGGUUCGACGUCGCGCGUCCCGACCAUCAGAAGUUUCUUCUGACUCCCGCUCCCGUAGGGACUGGAAUGCUGGAGAAAGGAGGAACACGCGUAGUUAAAGCCGUGAAAACCUUGCUGGGGAGGACGAGAAAGGAACUUAAUCUCUGGAAUGUGCUAUCAAAGGACCCGUUAAUGACGCGAAAAGAGAGAUUGGCCCUGCUUUUCCUAACUCUCAUCUCAAUCUACCUCAUUCUAAUGCUCAUGUAUGCCAUACCAAAUUUCGAUGAAUCCGACACGAUCGAUGGGAACACCUUUGGCUUCAAUGCCAAGCUAAUUUGGGCUCCAGUAGUGGCCAAUUUACUGGCUUUCCUGCUCACUUUUCCUUUGAUUUACGCCAUAAAACGCGGAAAAAUAUCGACUUCAAAGGGAAAACGACCGCACAGACUUCUGGCAAUAUCGUCUGCAGUUGUGACGACUGUUUCCUGGGGCUCAGUUGUUUUGCUAUCUACCGCCGGUUUAACUGUGCUGAUUGUUUGCGGCUUCUGGAUUCCGUUCGACACCAGCCUUUUGUGGCUGGUCUCAGCUGCAUUAGCCGUCUGCUUUAACAUGGUCAUUACGCAGAACAUUUCACGACUUUUUUACGGAUUUUUGGUCCAAAUACCCGCGCAAAUCCAGUCAUUUCAAGCGGCCACAAAGCGCUUUAUUCAGUUCGUCGAACUGCAAAGAAGCUGGAUUUACAAGAAGUUUGGCCCUUUGGCGCUCAGACCGUACUUGAGGCAUUUGUAUUUCAGUUUGGAUCCCAUAACUCUGAAGGAGAGAUUCAAAUGGGAAGAGACGAAAGUGGCGAUUUUCGAAAUUUUGGAGGACUUGAUGAUGAUUAGCGUGUAUGUGGCGCUUCUGUACGUGCUGCUGAUGUUUGACCGAGACGAACAAGCCAUUCACAGUCAUAACGAAAUUGAGAAUUUGCUGCUAGGCAAGGCUGUGAACUCGAAGAUUUCCCCUGAUUCCAUUUCACAGAUAGAGGAUUAUUUGGCAGAAGUAUUGCUUCCCACAGUUCAGUCGCUAGAAUGGUAUGGAAACUAUGUUCAGGAGAACCCUGGAAUGACCAAGGAUUUCUCCAAUAAAUAUCUGGGCAUAAUCCGUCUAAGGCAGCAUCGGACCCGGGAAAUAAAAUGUCAGCUUCCAGCUAUCCUGGCAAAGGUCCCCUGGACUUGUCGCCCGGACUUCCACAUGCUGAGAGAAACGAGCAGUUUUUCCAGAGGCUGGAAAGCACCAUCUGAUAUUUCCCAAAUCACCACGGAGCGCAUGGGCAACGUGUGGAAGUACACUGAUAGUAGUUUAUCUGGAUCUUCCAUAUAUUUUGGUGAAUAUGCAGCUUAUCCGGGAGGCGGCUACGUUGCGCCUUUGGGGCGCCAUUUGAGGAACUCCCUGAUCAAUUUGGAGUACUUGAAGAAGCACAAGUGGCUGGAUAUUCAAACCAGGGCGCUUUUUAUCGAGUUUUUGACCUACAACGCGAACGUGAAUUUGUUCAAUGGAGUGACCGUGAUUUUUGAAAUAAAUGCCGCUGGUCAUGUGAGCAAGGAUUUAAAGGUCCAAACCAGGAAGUUUCUCAUGAUAGACCAGGAUAGAGUGUUUACCAAGAAUGUAGUUUCCACCAUCUUUGUGCUGGCGCUUUUAGUGCUGGCGCUGCGAAUCGCCUACAAGAUCCAUAGGAAGAAAACGUUGUACUUUUACGAUGUUUGGGCUAUUUUGGAUAUUGUUAUUGUGUUCCUGAGCGCCUGCUCGAUUUAUCUGUAUUACGCCAGGCAACAUGCGAUCCAGAUCUACAUCGAUGCGGUAUCUGAGGCCAAGAACAACGAUUUUGUGCAAUAUUUUCAGCUGUUUGCUGCGGAUAAUGUUUUAACCGCAUUGUCAGCUACACUGGUGUUUGUGGCGACGCUUCGCUUAUGGAAGCUACUGAGAUUUAUGAUUAUAGUGAAAGUGGCCGAGAAAACCGUGCGGGAUGCUGGAACUUCCUUGCUCUUGUGCUGGGCCUAUCAACUGUUGCUGGUAGUUGCCUUUUCUGCGACUGGGAUUAUGUUCUUUGGCGGAUACUCCCAGAACUUCAAAAACUUCAAUUCCGCCUUCUCCACGCUGCUGCUGUUGAGCCUGAAUUUGUGCGGCACUCUCGAGUUGAACGAUCUGUACAAACAUCCGCUCGGCAUCGCUUUCUACAUACUCUACAUGCUGGUUUCGUUCUUCUUCAUCAACAUCUACAUUGCCAUUAUCAGCUUGUACUAUGCGGACUCGAAGGACUUUUAUGCGGACGAGCCGCGCUUUAUGCAGAAGUUCGUGCAGCAGAAGUGGAAGUUUUAUAAAAACCUGCUGAUGGUUCGUGGAAGAAAAAUGCGCGGUGGAGAAGACGAGAUCAACGAUGAUCGAAUAAUAAAGCCGAAAUCCGGAGAAAGAUAUCAGGACUGUUUCACAAUUGCGAAAAGUCGACUGGAUGGCAUGGCUUUGGUGACAAUUUGCGUAUUGCGGAACAUGGAAGAACAUCGAUCCAUGACCGAGAAGGAUUUUGAUCUGAUGUCGAAAACUAUUAAAUUGCUGCACGAAGAUGAGUCGACAGACAAACAGGUGUUUUUCACCACUGGCGAUUCGCGGCGCAUAACAUUUGUGGACGAUCGGAAAAUCCAGCAAAUCGCCGAUAUUUGCGAAAACCUAGUCCAGUACUGUAUGCGAAAAACGCGAGUUUCCAGACAUUUGCCCCCAUCAUUGAUUGAUGAACGGAUUUCGCGAAUUAACACAUUGAUUGAGAACAUCAGGAUGAUUGAGAGCGUUUUGGGAAACGUGCAAAUUCGCCAUAAGUGACUGAUUUUGUUUCGAUUUUAUUUUGCAUGGUACAGGCAGAUGUAUUGUUUGUGGCAAAUACAUUAAUGUUUCUCAUACCGUUCAGACAAGCGUGUAAUAAACAGCUCAAUCGAUGAAGCGUCUAUAAAAAUAUACAAAUACAUUUUGAAAUUCUUUGGCGUGAGCGUUAAAAGCUUUGAUUUGGAACCAAUUGUUCUAAUGGAACGAAUCUGGCACAUUCCAGAACGCCACAGGAAAAACCGCACAAAACCUGCCAUUUUAAUUCAUUUAUUUUGAAAAUUAAAUUUAAAUACAAAUAUCGAAAAGACCAAAUAAAUCCACGGGGUUAUUUUGU